AUGAAGCUGAGCUCAUCAGUAUUUGCUUUAUUGUGUCUCAUAUUUGAGAUUUUGUCAGUCGCUCUUUUCCUGAGAGGAUUCUUCCCUGUUCCUGUCAAAUCCUCCUUUUCAGCCAAGAGCAAACUGACUGACUUUCCUGCAGAGCCACACACAGGAGACGGCGUGAACUCGUCGCGAGCCCCGGCUCCUCUGUUCAGCCGUGUGGUGCUGCUCCUGAUCGACGCUCUCAGACAGGACUUCGUGUUCGGCUCUGAUGGUCUCAAGUUCAUGCCGUACACCAGACAUGUGCUGGAGAGAGGCUCUUCUCACAGCUUCACUGCCAAAGCCAGACCGCCCACUGUCACCAUGCCCAGGAUCAAGGCUCUGACGACCGGCAGCAUCCCGGGCUUCAUCGACGUGGUGAUGAACCUGAACUCUCCGGCUCUGCUGGAGGAUAACCUCAUCUGGCAGGCCAAGAGCGCCGGCAAGCGGAUCAUCUUCUACGGCGACGACACGUGGGUUCGACUCUUUCCCAAACACUUCAUGGAGCACGACGGCACCACCUCCUUCUUCGUGUCCGACUACACCGAGGUGGACAAUAACGUGACCCGUCACCUGGACGGCACGCUGAAGCGGGACGACUGGGAUAUUCUGAUCCUGCAUUACCUUGGUCUGGAUCACAUCGGGCACAUCAGCGGACCCCACAGCUCCCUCAUAGGACCCAAACUCAUGGAGAUGGAUGACAUCAUCAAGAAGAUUCACUCCUCGCUCAUAUCAAAGGAAUCUGAAGGGACGCUGCCCAACCUGCUGGUGGUGUGUGGAGAUCACGGCAUGUCUGAGACCGGCAGUCACGGCGGAUCGUCAGAGGCGGAGAUCAACACGCCGCUCGUGCUCAUUAGCCCCGCCUUCAGGAGGAAAGCGGACCUGGAGGAGCCGGAGGUCCUGGAGCAGGUGGAUCUUCCCCCCACCCUCGCUCUGGCUCUGGGUUUGCCGGUGUCCCAGAACAGCGUGGGCCGCCUGAUCCCGGCCGUGUUCGAGGACUCGUCGCUCCGGGAUCAGCUCCGCCUCCUGCAGAUCAACGGACACCAGCUGAGCCGACUCCUGCGCGACAGCAACCCCUCCUUCCACAAGGAGGUGGGCUAUGAGCAGUUUCGUGUGGCGGAGAAGGCUCACGGGAGCUGGAUGAAGCUCUACAUGGAUGGGAACACGUCGGAGGUGCUGAGCAACAUGGGGAAGAAGGUCCUGAAGCAGUAUCUGGAGGCGCUGAAGGCCAUGAGUGCAGCUCUGAGCAAACAGCUGGGCAAAUACGACAUGUACUCCAUGAUCAUGGGCAUGAUCCUCACACUGCAGGUGCUGGUCCUGCUGGUGCUGGCGAUGCCGGAGGCGCUGAGCAGGGAUGCGGCGGUGGACGUCCCGCUGGCCUCGUCUCUGCUGUCGCUGCCCUUCUGUCUGCUGUGUGUGCUGGGAUCCGCUCUUCACGUGCUGGUGUGCACCUCGGCCGGCAGCUCCUGUUACCUCUGCUCUCUGCCCUGGCUCCUGGUGUUCAGUGUCGUCCUCCUCUCCUCCGCACUCAUGUGUGCUCUCGGGGCCAUGGCCGUCAGGAGGAGUCCCACCGGCUGCAGGAGCCCUGCUCAGGGUUGUGCCUGGACUCUGUCGGAGUUGGACACUCUGUUGCUGAUCGGGACGGUCGGUCACACACUCAGUUUGGCCUCCAGCAGCUUCAUCGAGGAGGAACACCAGACCUGGUACUUCCUUCUCAACACGCUGUGCCUGGCCGUCUUCCAGGACGUGUGCCGGAAGUACUUCCGGGAGCAGAGAGGAAGAGGAGAGGAAUUGGACGGGAAGUUCUUCCCGGAGCCGAGAGGAAGAGGAGAGGAAGAGGACAAGGAGCGGGCGAGUUUGGGAAUGAGUUCGAGAUGGGAGAAGUGGCUGGCGCUCGGGACUCCGCUGAUGACCCUGGCCUGCUGUCGCCUGCUGAGGGCACUCAACCACACCGGGGUGCAGUGGGCGCACCUGCCCGACUUCGGACACUGGCUCAACAGUGGGGACCACAAGCCGUUCCUCUCGGUGUUGUCGGUGUUGUCUCUGGUUGUGAUCUUCCUCCUGGUUCAGCGUCACUGUUCGCUGGUGUCGAAGAUCGCGCUGGUGCUCGGCAUGCUGGGAGUUUACAGCUAUCGCGCCGCUGUCGGAAACGUCCUGUUCCCAUGGCAACACAGCAGCCGUUCCGUCUCCAAGGGAACCGUGGAGGCUCGGUUCGUCUACGUCUUCGUCCUCGGCAUCUUGUUCACGGGCGUGAAGGACCUGUUGCGCUCGCAGCUGAUGUCAUCAGCGGGGGACAGUGGGCGGCUGAAGAGCAGGGGAUUGUGGGAAGUGUACAGUGGCGUGGUGUUACUGGUGGCUCUGCUCUUCAGGGCUCAUAACUUGCCCACGCUGGCCUGCUGUCUGCUCAUCCAGACCAUCAUGGCCCAGUUCAUCUGGAGGAAGAUGCACUACGACGCCGCUCAGACCACCAUCAUGCACUACUGGUUCGGCCAGGCGUUCUUCUACUUCCAGGGAAACUCUAAUAACAUCGGGACGGUGGACAUCUCUGUGGGUUUCGUGGGUCUGGAGAGUUAUGUCGAAGCUCCUGCUGUUUUCCUGACGGCGCUGAGCACUUACGCAGGACCUCUGCUGUGGGCCUGUCAUCUACUGUGUCACCUCAGCUCAGAGAGAGACAGGGCUGUAAUGGGUCUCGGUCAUGGCAGCUAUUGCUUCGCGCUCCUGCGGUCCAUCCCGGUCGUGUUCUACGUGGUUCUGGUCACCGCUCUGCGAUACCACCUCUUCAUCUGGAGCGUGUUUUCUCCCAAACUCUUGUACGAGGCCAUGCACACCCUCAUCACCACCGCCGUGUGUCUGUUUUUCACCUUUAUGGAUCAGGAUCGCUCAGCGAGACCUUGAACACAAAGCCAGAACCAAAGCCAAACUCAGGUACAGAACAAAAGGAUAAAGAGAUUAAAAUAUAAUUCUACUGCUGUGAAAUAGUUCGGAGCUGACAUGCUCUACUGACUUAUUUCUGUGUACGUGAUCAAUGAUUUUGUAUAUUUUUUGGGAGGUCAUCAGCGAUGACAUGACUUGUGGGUGUACAUAUGAUAAUCCCUCUCAUCCUCUAUGCAGUUUUCUUCCUAAAGCUAAAGGAGAGUGUAAUUCUUUUGAGUAUUUUGCCGUUUCUGUUCCUGACCGUUAGGAAUAGUUAACUCAUGUAAACUCAUCACGCACUUGAAAGCUUUAAGGGAUCUUUAAAGUGUUUUAAAUCAUAUCUAAACACAACUGCGCGUGACGUUUCUGUUGGGAAUGUGAAUUGUAAACCGAUUGAUGUUGGGUAAGAGUGUUUUUUCUUUAUCUCAUUCUCAGCGCUUAGAUCUGGUUAAUAAUAAAACAUCCCUUUUUUUGAUUGUGA